CGGCCGCGCCCGGCAAUGUUCCUCCAAAUCUCCAAAAGACCUAAAGUUUUAGACUCUUAUGUCACAUCAAAUCUACGCGUCUUCAGUACGCACGUAUACGCACUUGCUGGUAAAAUAAUUUAUUUUUGCCAUUUAAAUAUUUGAAGUAAAUUAAAAUUUUGCGGGAAUUGUGCCGGUUUCAUUGCUGUGAUUUUUAAUUUUAAAAUUUAUCGCGAUGGCUGUCGAGACUCCGAAUCGAAGUGAAGAUCAACGUGGACCAAUAAAAUCAUGCUUCGCUAUCAGAUAUCUUAUGGCCAUUCUCGGUUCUAUCGGGCUGGCGAUUAUCUAUGGGUUCAAGGUCAAUGUCAGCAUAGCGAUUGUCGCAAUGGUAAAUCAUACGGCGAUAAAACUCGCAGAAAAUCACACGGCGAUCAACGUCACUGGAGCCACCCUCAAUGUCACUUCUAAAGUGCAAGAAGACGGGCCGUUUGUCUGGGAUGGAGGCAUGCAAGGCAUCAUUUUAUCCGCUUACUUCGUCGGUUACUUGGUAUCCAUGAUCCCGGGCGGGCGGAUGUCUGAAUUAGUGUCCGCGAAGUGGGUGAUGAAUGGCGCGGUACUUUUGAAUGUCGUUGCUUCGGUUUUGUCACCACCAGCAGCUUACGGACACUACUGGCUGUUUGCUUUCAUGAGAUUUCUUCAAGGAGUUGGUGGCGGUGUAAGUUUCCCGGCUAUGCACGUCAUGAUUUCAAAGUGGGCGCCCCCAAAUGAGCGAAGUGUCUUAACGUCAAUUAUUUAUGCUGGAACAGCACUUGGAACUGUCAUUGCGACUUUACUGUCUGGUAUUAUCGCAGCUAGUAUGGGCUGGGAGUGGGUAUUUUAUAUUGAAGGACUUCUUUGUCUUAUUUGGUGCACUGCUUGGUGGCUCAUGAUCGAAGACUCUCCAGAACAGCAGCGAAGAUUAAUCACUCAGGAAGAAAAAAAUUAUAUUUUAAAAUCACUUGGUCAGACGGAAAAUAUGGAGCAUCAUAAACUGGAAGUACCUUGGGGACAAAUUGUCAGAUCACUUCCUUUUAUGGCGAUUUUUAUUUCACACUUUUGCAGUAAUAUCGGGUGGUAUAUGAUGCUGACGCAGUUGCCGACUUACAUGAAACAAGUUUUGGAAUUUGAUUUAAAAUCUAAUACGACACUCUCUUCGAUUCCGUAUUUAUGCAUGUGGUUGUUCACAAUGGCAAUCAGUAAAUUAUUAUCGACAUUUGAAUCAAAGAACUGGAUCACUAGAACUCUUUCCCGGAAAAUUGGAACCUUUUGCAGCUCUGUAAUACCGAUGAUUUGUUUGAUUGUCGUGGCCUUCGCUGGAAAUAACCGUGAGGUUGCUGUGACAUUUAUGACAAUCGGUAUCACUUCUAUGGGUGCAAUGUACAGCGGAUUUUUGGGCAAUCACAUUGACAUCGCUCCCAAUUUCGCGGGUACUCUUGUCGCGAUAACGAAUUGUUUCGCUACAAUUCCUGGGAUUGUUAUGCCAAUAAUUAUUGGAUACGUCACUAAAACAGAUUCAUCAAUUGCCACCUGGAGAAUUAUUUUCUUUAUAACUUCCGGUUUCUUGCUGGUCGAAGUUAUAGUUUUCAGUAUUUUUGGAUCGAGUAAAGAGCAGCCAUGGAAUGACAUUAAGUCACAUGAUGAAGAAACAAGCGAUCAAACUUUGCCGCUUGAAGAAAAAAAUAGACAUUAAAUAUAAUGGUAAUUUUUUAGAUCAAAGACUCAUCAGGUUGAUCUCGAGCAAUAAAUUUAUGAAACAAUAAUUUUAAAAAAAGUAUUAACUGACAAAAUAUAAUAAUUGUUAAAUAUUUAUAUGUAAAUGUGGAUAAAAAAAAUUUUUUCAUGGAAAAGUAAAUUUUCCUUGACAUUAAAUUAAUUUGUAGCUGGUGAUU